CGAUGUCCGGCGGGUGGGGUGAAGGACGUGCAGAUUGUGCACAGGCAACGGCAUGCAGAGGUUGGAAGUGACACGCCAGAGGGCGCUGCGCUGUCAUGAAUGAACGAUUCAGAUGGCACAGACUUCGAGGUCCAUGUCUCGCAUUGCUGGUCUCAGCUCUUGUUCCCAAAGCUCUAGCACUUUGUGAGAAUGAGCCAGCUGAUGCCGGCGAUUGGCUGUUGUACUUCAACGGCGCGUCAUACUUGAACCUGCCAGAGACGGACAACUGGUCCCGGUAUGGUGGGAAGCAAACCACUUGGAGUAAACUGAUGUUGCGACGAGAUCCACAGGUGGGUGACACCUCUGUCUUGGUGGAUCUCCGAGAUCGCACCUAUGCAGUCAGCGAAGAGUCUGAAUCCGCCUGGGGCAUUGCGGCCGACUGUUCCGGAGCUCCGAGUGUGGGUGAAAUGUCAAUCAAUUUGACAGGGACGCCUUUUGCCUACAAGGCACUGUGCCAAACAGCCGCGGGUUUUGAGUCCUUUGGGAGCGUCUCAUGUGACGAUAACCAGACUUGCACAGCCACCUGUGGUGGAAUCUGUGGUUUCUGUGGUUUGGGGAUCAAGACUACCACGAUGGCGGAACUUCAGGUUGUGGAUGAAUGUGCUUUCAUUCUGGGAGUUCGGUCUUGGGCGACGACGACCUCGCUGACCUCCACCAUCACCUCCACCACUAGCUCUACGAGCAGCACACAUACAUCGACAACCUACCUGGGGAACACCACGACCAGCACCAGCUCGAACUCGAUCACCUCAACCACCAUUACGACCACCACUUUGUCCACGACCACGUCAUCAUCCAGCACCACCACCGAGACCGUAACUGCAAGCACUACCACCCAGGUGGAUGGCUACUACUACUAUCGCUUCUCUCCUUCACAGAUAGCGUCAGAGGAUCCAGGUGCAGCAUGCUGUUGUGCUCAUGCCGUGGCCGAGCUGUACUUCAGGAACUGCGGGGCUGACGUGGAAACCGCCACGGCCGUCGCGAGCAACCCGAGAGGUUCCUGGGCAAGUUGGGGUCCUGCCCAUGCGAUUGAUCAGCUGAGUGGCACCAAGUGGCGAGACACACGUAGGCAGCCGCUGGUCAUUGAAUGGCCUGUGCUGACGUUGGUGGACUCCUACAGUUACCUCACUGCUGCUGAUUGUCCGGACAACGACCCGGUGGCUUUCGAGCUCCACGGUUCUCAGGAUGGCGUGUAUUGGAUCCUGCUGGACUCACGAGUCAUGAGCGAACCGCCUCCCUCAACGGCUUGGCGGCCGGCACAGACCGAAUGGUUCACAUUUAAGAACUGCACGGAGACCACAACAGCUACAACUGUGACCAGGACCGAGACCUCGGCGACCACCACGUCUUCCGUGACGACUUCCAUCACAGGGACCACCACGGCAAGCACCACAACAUCGCCAGAGGGAGCCUUCGUUGUGCUCUUGACCUUUGGGACCUGCGCCAUGCAGCAGUUGCAUCCCAUCCUGGCGCAGACGGAAUGCGAAGAAGCUGCCAGGAAGCUUCAACUGCCUGACACCUCUGUAGAGACCACGGGUCAAGCAAACAGGCCUGAAGGAUGCUACUUCUUCGAAGGGGAUGAGCUUUGGAUGGGUGUGAAUCCUGCCAGUGAGGGCCAUGGGGCGGAGACAUCGGGCCCGAGUGAGAAUGAGACCAGAUAUCCUAUCUGCAGCUCUGUUCCGAACGGAAAUCGUAUAUCUGCAAACAGAGCCGGGCAGCAAGGAUUGAUCUUAACUCCAUUGGUGCUGGUGCUUGUCCAUCUCCCUCUGAGAUGGUGAAAUGUGCAUAAAUGUGCAUAAAUGUGCAAUGUGAUGCAAUGUGAACAUGGAAUUUCUGCAUGGUAAAAUACUGCAGAAAGUGCAGACACACCAAAGGUGUGGUGAAAAAACAACUUUGUAUCAUCCGUCUCACGCUGGAGCUUCGGCUCGGCUCCAUCGACUCAAGGUCGCAG